AUGGAAGUCCAGGGUACCACAAAGGGCAAGGCGACGACGACUCGGAGGGCGUCUGUGACGAUUACGCUCGGAUGGGAGCCUGUUUACGUUUUUGAGAUGUGGAUCAUCGACCACAACGUAGGCGUCGACGUGGUGCUAGGCACCGACUUCAUGAUCCCGGCUGGGAUCCGGUUGGAUAUCUUCAACGCGGCGGCCAAGCUCCCGGACGAAGUGAUGAUCCCGCUGAUCAAGACGCAGAACAUGGUCGACGAGGCCGAAGGAGUCCACGUCAACGGGGGCCCGGUCGAUGUGCUGCAGAUUCCCGGCCGAGAAUGGAAGGACUUCCGAUUGCAACGGAAGCGGCCAUCCCCGACGACUCACGUGCCGUGGACCCGACGGACCGACAAGCUCAUCCCUACGGUGAAGCGGUUCCACAAGGGACAUCCGCAGCGGAUCCGACUGACCAACCUUGACAACCGGCUCACGAUCUGUCCGGCUCACACAACCUUCGUGGUGUGGGUACCAAUCGGGUCGUUGCCGAAGUCUGAGGGAUAUGUGCGGCUCGACUCUGACAAGUAUAGGGAAUGGCAAGUCAUUGCCUACGAGGCUGCCCGCGAUACGACGCUGCUCAAGUGGGAAGCCGAGCUUUACGCUCAAUGGUUAGCCGCCCAGCCGUCGGCAGUGGAUCGACCCGACUAUCCCACUCCAACGGGGCUGCUCCGACGGCCUCCCGAAGACUCUCAAGACGAGCACAGCUCGGAGUCGCCCGACAGUGAUGGAGGUGAAGAUUCUGACGGCUUGCCAGUGGGCAAUGAUCCAGAAUCCGCACCAGAAGAAGUUGCGCAACGGAUAGUUGCAGCCGUCGACGACUCGACAGGGGUGACCCUCAAUACUCGAGUGGAAGCGGCUGACUUGGAGACGUCUGAGCGCCCUGCUGAGGGAGAUGAGUCGUCGGGGACCGGGAUGGACGAACCUACGGAGUCAAAGAGUGCUAAGGAUUAA